AAAAAUAUGUGACGUAGAAUCCAAGAUGGCGGCUCCCCUUUCCACGAUGAAAUUUUGGAAGCCGGGGGCUGAGGCUCCGGGGAUCACUGAGGAGCGGGAGCUCAACACAGAGACCACCGGCUCUCCCAUCAUCUUCAACCCGCACACAGCCCUCUCCAUAGAGAAGCAACGACAGAAACUCCCCGUUUUCAAGCACAGAAACAACAUCUUAUACUUGGUGGAGAGCUUCCAGACUGUCAUCAUAGUUGGUGAGACAGGAUGUGGAAAAACAACGCAGUUACCCCAGUAUCUUCUGGAGGCUGGCUGGGCAACGGAGGGGAAGGUGAUCGGAGUGACACAGCCUCGUCGUGUGGCUGCUAUCUCUGUAGCCAAUCGCGUGGCAGAGGAGCGAGGGGCCCUGGUGGGACAUGAGGUGGGAUACACCAUCCGUUUUGAUGACUGCUCUGAUCCUCAAGCCACAAGGAUUAAGUUCCUUACAGAUGGCAUGCUGGUGCGGGAGAUGAUGGCUGAUCCUCUUUUGAAAAAAUACAGUGUGUUGAUGCUAGAUGAAGCGCAUGAGAGAACUCUGUACACGGACAUAGCCAUUGGUCUACUAAAGAAGAUUCAGAAAAAGCGGCGAGACCUGAGGGUGAUUGUGGCCUCUGCCACUCUGGAUGCCAAGAAAUUCCAUGACUUCUUCAAUUUGAAUGAGUCCGGGGAUCCCAACAAGGACACGUGUGGAAUUCUGACCGUGGAGGGACGCACCUUUCCAGUGGACGUCUUCUACACUGUCAGUCCUGUCCCAGACUAUGUAAAGGCCACAGUGGAGACAGUGCUGAAGAUCCAUGAGACGGAGGAGGACGGAGAUGUCCUUGCUUUUCUUACCGGACAGGAAGAGGUGGAGAAAGUGGUGUCCCUUCUGCAGGACCAGGCCAGGUCUUUGUCACGAAUCGGCAUGAAGAAACACCUGAGGAUUUUGCCCAUGUACUCGGGUUUACCUUACGCUGAUCAGAUGAAAGUCUUUGAGAGGACGCCGCCCACUGUUCGCAAGGUUGUGGUGGCCACUAACAUAGCUGAGACAUCCAUCACUAUAAAUGGGGUUGUGUUCGUCAUUGACUGUGCUUUUGUGAAGCUGCGAGCGUAUAACCCGAGCACUGCCAUUGAAUCUCUGGUGGUAACUCCAAUCUCUAAGGCUUCCGCCAGCCAGAGGGCUGGGAGAGCCGGACGAAACCGUCCUGGGAAAUGCUUCAGACUCUACACAGAGGAGGACUUUGAGAAACUGCCUGCCUCUACUGUGCCAGAGAUGCAGCGCACAAAUUUGGCCCCUGUCAUCCUGCAGCUGAAAGCGCUAGGCAUUGACAACGUGCUGCGGUUCAGCUUCCUCUCGCCUCCUCCAGCUCAGACCAUGGUUCAGGCUCUGGAGCUGCUCUACGCUCUCGGAGGACUAGACCAUUACGGACGUUUGACUGAUCCCAUGGGUGUGCGGAUGGCAGAGUUUCCUCUCAGCCCCAUGUUUGCCAAGAUGCUCCUAGAGUCAGGAACCUUCGGCUGCUCCAAAGAGAUUGUUACCAUCGCAGCAAUGAUGCAGAUUCAGAAUAUAUUUGUUUUGCCGGCCAAUCAGAAGAAAGCUGCCGCUCGAGAGCACAGGAAAUUUGCAGUUGCUGAGGGAGACCACCUCACCAUGCUGAAUGUGUAUGAAGCAUUCAUUAAGCACCAGAAGAGCUCCCAGUGGUGUCAGGAACAUUUCCUCAACUAUAAAGGUCUGCUGCGGGCUGUGACUGUACGAGAGCAGCUCAGGCGUCUCAUGAACAAGUUUAAGGUGCCGCGGACGUCCAGUGAAGGUGAUCCUGAUGUGAUCUUGAAGUGCAUUGUACUUGGGUUUUUCUCAAAUGCAGCACGCAUUCACCAUUCUGGUUCCUACCGGACUUUACGAGACGAUCGUGAGCUUCACAUCCACCCCAGCUCUGUGCUGUAUGGAGAGAAACCUCCAAAAUGGGUGGUUUUCAAUGAAGUGCUGCAGACGGCAAAAUACUACAUGCGCGAUGUGACUGCUGUGGAGUCGUCCUGGUUGGUCGAGUUGGCCCCUCACUUUUACAAGCAGGCCAAGCAUGGUUCACUGGCCAGCAAGAGGUCCCGGGUCCUCUGAAGCUCACCAUCCUUUCGUCAUGUUAAGACUGAAGACUCACGGGUAUAAAAGGAGAAACACCCUUUCAAAUUGCCACUGUGCCCCUCUCCAUCUCAUUGUAUAUAAUGAUGUAUUAUAAACUGAUUGUCCAUGUCCACCUGCACAACCCCUCCACACUAUGUGGCCACGCUAGAAUGGGAUGAAGUUGAUACAUUUUUAGAGUUGACAUUAAUGUGACUUCAUUUGGAAGCAUCUUUCUUGAUUUUUGGAAGUAAUGUAGUGUACCUGUGAUGGAGUAAAUGGUGACGAAUGUAAGAUGAGACCAGACUGUUUCAUGUAUAGUCACGUAGUUCACUUCAUUCAUACUUGUACAUAGUCCAAGCAGGCUCAGGUCCAGGGAAUGGCUCGUAUGCCACAGGCUUGUCCUCACCUGGUUCUUGGCUUCAUUAUUUUUUUAAUCGCUGUAUUUCCUGCUGCAUGAUGGAGAACGAAAGUCAAUGGUAUGUGAGGAUGAUUCCCUUUGAGAGACUUAUGGCUUACUUUGUUCUGUUUAAUUUGCGUCCCCCUCGCCUGGGUGCCUUUAUGUUUCUAACUGGUUCACUUUAUCUCCAAUUUAUUUUUGAUUUCUUAACUUUCUGCACCUUCAUACAGAAUGUAGUAAUAUAUAUUUUCAGGAAUUUACUGCAGAAGGAAACACAUUUCUUUAUCUUUUACAUCUAAUAAUGAUACUGUGAAAAGACCGCUUUACUUUUUGAUCCUCGUUUUCCAUACAUAGUGGCCUAUACCACUCUGUGCCAAUUUUUAUUUUUCAGACUAUUUCACAUUUCAUUUUCAGAUGAAAUGUGUAAAUACACCCAAGCAUUGUAAAUGCAAAGCUGUGAAAUCAAAACUAAAAAUGAAGUGCCAUUUGUUCCUGUGAUGACAUAAAGUGCAUUCAGACAUGCAUCCAGAGCCUCAAAGAAACAGUAGCAUUUAUUCGAUCUAAGCCAUCUCUUUUGUCAUAAUAAUUGCAUUUCCUUUUACAGUUUGUCUCAGUUUCGAGACAGACCUUAAUGUAAUUUUGUCCCGUUACUGUCAAAACCAUCUACCAGGUGUUCAGUAAAAUGGCAAAUUAUUUGAGACUUCCAUUCCAUAUUGACAGCAUCUGUUCUACAUUUCCCGCUUACGUUUUUAUUUGUUUUUAUAUUUCUUCAGAAGUAUUUGGCCCUGAAACCGCCAGUGAACAGUAUGUUAAAGGUUUGUCAUAUGCUUGAAAAUCCAUAAGGUCACUGUCACUAAACGUUUACUUCUGCCUGCAUGGUUUUUCAUAAAUCUUGUUCUUGAGGUUACUACUUUAGCUAGAUUCAGUGAAACUGUAAUCAAACCACAGAACACACUGUACCGUAGAUAGGUAAGCCAACUCAAAUUAGAUGGAUAUACAAAGGAAGUACCUUUGCAUGUUAAAUGGUACUCUGAUAGACUAUACACUUACGAUCACCUUCUAGGACUUAAUGAAAAUAAAAACGUAUUAACUUGUUUGUGCUGAUACAGAGUAUGUAUGCAGCCAAUGCAGUGAUCUGUAGUCCUGUGUAAUUGCUCACCGCUGAGAUAAAAAAAACUGUCACCUGCCAUUUCUUCCUCACAUGUUCAAAUAAAGCCUUAUUGUCAUGCACUCAG